AUGAAAAUGAUAGAAGAAGAACCAAAUUAUGGUAUUUAUGGACAAGUUUGGUAUAUUAAUACUGGUAUAGGUCGUGAAUUACCAAAUGUAUUAUUACAAAAACAAGUAUCUUUACCUAAUUUUACUCACAUUGUAUUAUGUUGUCAUAAUUUUCUUCAAAAUCAAAUGAUCGAAUUUCGAUAUGGUUUAUUUCUUUCUGGUUUUGAUUACCGGAGAUGA